AAAGCUGAGCCCUUGGAGGCUGCAACAAUACUCAAACAACGACUGAAUCUGCCCAAGGGUCUCUGUGAGAGUGAGAGCAUCUUCAAUGAGUUCUUCUCGGAUAAGAUGUGGAACACCCUGACAAAUGACAUGCGAACGUACCUCGUAGAUAAUUUUUUGCCCAAGUUUCCGGGCAAUGAUGAGCACGAGAAGGACAUCACGCUGCAGAUGAUCUUCAACAGGGAGACUUUUCGUUUCGGGUCGUCGCCUCUAGUGGACUUCCAGCGGAACCUGGAGGAAGGCAACUAUCGACCCGAUAUCGUCAAAUACCGCAACAGUAUUCAGAGAUCACAGCGUCGUGAACAGCGCUACCAGGAGUGCGAACGCAUCAGCCGGAUAGCCAAGGCGAGUCUCAUUUCGCGGGAAAAACUCAUCCGGCUGGCAUACGAAUCGCCCCCAGGUGUUUCCCUCAAACGUGCCGCCGAGUCCGUGAAUCAUGUGGCGAAGGUGGGAAGCACGGCUGCCGCCAUGAGGGCGAAGAAGCGGUACUUUCAGGAAAUCUCCAGCACGGCCAAAGAGAUCGGAGUGCCACUGUCUGAUGAUGAGGGAUUCCCCGAGGCUGGAACACCAUCAGCACCAACGAUAGCACGCAAACCUAAACGCAGCCUCGCCCUCAAUUCCGGACCUGACAGUCCCAGUGCUGAAGUGAAGAUCAUCAGCACACUGACCCACCGAUUUAACUCGGGAGACCAUUUGGGAGCCCAGGCACCGCCCUCAGCGCCCUCCGAAGACACCUACAGAACGAUGCUGUAUCAGCACAAGAAGAGGAAGCUUCGGGAAGCAGAUCAUCCGGAAUUGGAUGUGAGUGAGGUGAAGCUGAAGGAUAUCUACGCGAGGACACAAUUGUCCGUUGGAUAUCGCAGAAUGACGCCAAAUAGUGGCAAAGUGACAUUGGGUACGAAAAAGAGUGCUCUGGCCAAGUUGAAGCAGGACAUUGCAGCUGCUCCUAUUCCGGGCAUUCAGGCUUCGGCCAAUGUCACAAAGCCACCAAUUCAGCCACAAGUGACGCCGUCUCUCUACAAAUCUCCGUCGUUGUUGAUGACGGUGAAGACCGAGGAGGAGACUGUGGUGAAGACUGAAUCUGAAAUCUACCUGCCACCUUCAUCAACGGCAGAUCCCGUUGUUAAAACUGGUUUGGCUGAGAGGAAGAAGAUUGUGGUGAAAAAGAGGGCUAACAGUGUAUCUCCGGGUGGAUUGAAGAAGAAGACAACAGCUGCAAAUGGCAGUAUUCUGUCCACGAAUGCGUUGAUGCACGUAAAUGUGGAAGAAGAGGAUAUUGUGGAUAUUCGUGACAUGAUAAAAAUUGAGGAUACACAAAUCAAUGAGAAUUCCCAGGGAGCAGGAGGAGGAGGAGGUCAUCAGGUGUUUGACAAAGUGAAACCAGCAACAUUUAGUGAUCUCGAGGGUAUUGACAUGAUGCACUUGCCAGUCGAUCUGGAUGCAUCAAGUCACAUUGAUAUUCUCAAUGAUAUUGCCGAUGAGACAAAUUGUUCGCCGGAACUGAUGCAAGAGACCCAUGCAUGCUUCCUAUCGCUCAUCCGAGAUAUUUUCUGUGCAACACCCGAUCACAGGAUGGCAAUGGACAAUUUGCAGAGGAAGAUAGCAACGUGGCUGGGAAAUCCCAUUACACCGCUCAAUGACUGGUAUUCCCUCUGUGACAAUUGGCUGACGCAACUGCCGUCAGUUAUUCAUUUUCUGGCGGGAGAAUUUGUCGAUCAGCCCGAAGACUAUGUGCCCUAUCUGGAGUACAAGGUGAAUCUGGAUAUUUAUCAGUGGAUUGGAGCUGGAAGGGAUACCGAUCAACAUUUAAUUCCACUCUGUGCAUAUUGGCUGAGUCGAAAGCAUGAAAUGGGAACGAGACCCAAUCCGCCGAAGCUGGAAAAGACUCGUAGUUCGAGUUUCAGUGAUGGCGAAGAGAUGGGUUUGGGUGCAUUGGCACCGGAGAAACCAGCAUCUCCGCCACCGCCUCGGUGUCCCACCACGUGGACCGUGCAGAAGGCCACGGAGGAGGAAAUUGAGGAAUUCCGACGGCAGGAGAGGCAACGUUUUGAGAAUCCUCACAUGGCAUUUACAUACAGGAUGCACGGGUAUGAGAGUGUUGUGGGUCCAGUCAAAGGUAUCUAUACGCAAGUUCCGGGUGUCAGUAAAGCCAGAUUGCACAAUAUGCUGACCCGGGAUCGACCCAAUUUUGUCACAAUUCUCACAUUGGUGCGCGAUGCAACGGCUCGCCUGCCAAAUGGCGAAGGUACGCGAGCGGAUAUUUGUGAAUUGCUAAAGAGUAGUCAGUACCUGAAUCCGGCGGCACAGGACAAUGUCCUCCAAACGAUUGUUAGUGGUGCACUCGAUCGGAUGCACACAGAACACGAUCCAUGUGUCAGAUUUGACUCAAAACGCAAGAUCUGGAUCUAUUUGCAUCGUGAUAGGUCAGAGGAUGAAUUUGAUCGGUUGCAUCAGCAGCAGCAGGGAAUGUCGAAGCCAAAGAAGGUGCCCAGCCGGAAUAAACUGAAGCCCACGGGACGUAUUAUUUCUGGCAAGAGUCCACCAACAAAUAGCCAUGUGAAUGUCCUGAAGAGUAUUGCUAGUAGUGGUGUGGUAUCUCAGACAUCUGUAGUUGUGACCACGGGAAAGAUUAUCAAGUCUUCUUCGCCACAGAAAUUGCCAGGAUUGCCAUCGGUGAUGGCAAAGAGUCAACAAUUGCCAGCUCUGAGUACCAUUCAGUCCAAUACGGUCAAUCAACUGCCAGUGGCACCACCGCCACUCAUUAACAAAAUCUCCCCGCAUCGGUCCGUGGUGAAGGCGGAACUUGUGCCCAUAAAGAGUAUUCCGCCAUUGGUCACGGAUAAGAAUCAAAUUGAGCAUAUUGAUGUGGAGGCCAGCUUGGAGGCUCAUACAACGCCAGUUCUUAUCAACAAAUCCCUCCAGAGUGUGCCAGGACUCGUUCAGAAGGCAUCCCUUGGAGCCUCAUCACCCACGACAUCAGUCAAAGUAUCCACAUCGAGUGGUAUUCAGACAGUUCAUGUUUCUGUGGCUACAACCACACAUGGAAAUGUUUCAAGACCACUGACAUCCCUCCUGGCAAACUCUGCUACACAAUCUGUUCUGGUGAAUCAGCAAAAUCGCGCCCAGAGUCCCAAUGUAGCCACAAGAGUUAAAAAGGCCCCUGGGAAGCCACCAAUCCUCAUUCAGAGCCCUAGCAAAGCGCCACCACUUCUUACACAGACCUCAGCCAGUGGUCAGAGUUAUAUAAUCCCCUUUAAUCUCACAAAUACCAGCGGAGAAGCUACUCUGGCCAAGGUAAUUAGUACCUUGCCGGCUACAACAGUGGCUGGGAUGAGUCCGAAGCUAGUAAAGAGUUCAGUGCCACCAGCACUGACAAGUACAUUGGGAGACAAAGCAGUGGCAAGUUCGUCACUUCUGGGCAAGAAUGCAAUUCGCGUGGCAACCAACAUGGCCACGAAGAGUCUCAUAAAUCCGGCUGUGAUCUCACUCCAUCAGCAAAAGACACCAACUGUGGUGUCAUCGACAGCAGUGAAGACGCCCACACUGCAGCAUAAGGGUGGUCUGAGUGUUGUGAGUGGCAUUGUGACACCGCCUGGAGGCAUUGUGAAGAGCCAACAGCAAUUGACGCCAACGCAACAAAAGCAAAUCCUGCAGAAUAUAAUUGCGCAGCAACAGCAGCAGAAACGUCUAGUGCAGAAUGCCGUUGUGGUGUCAGCCAGUGGAAGUCAACAGGCUACUCAGCAGCAACUCAAAUCAAUCAUUGUGGCUGCCAAUCAGACUCAAAGUGGUCCUGGCAGUAUCGUGAAGAUUGUUACGAGUACAGUUCCCGUGACAAGUGGCACAAAUACAGCCACAAUGCCGGGAAGUAGUCUCAUCAAUCCCCAAAUUAUUCAGAUACAGCAAACGGGUGGGGCAGCUAAUGGGGCCAAGAUGCAAACCGUCUCUACGGCUAAUCUAACGCCACAGCAGCAGCAGAAUCUCUUCAAUACUCUCCGGCAGCAACAACUUAAGAGUCAAAAUCUGCAGCAGAAUCAAACACCUGGGAGACAACAAUCUCUCAUUAUAAAGCAGCAUCCAAUGCUUCAGAUACAGCAAAAGACUACCACAACAGCCCAGGCCAGUCAAGCGUCUGCUGGAGACAAAACUGUGGCUGUCGUAACAACUGCCACAACAACUCUUGUAUCAUCUGCCGUAACUCAAACAAUGGCUAGAAAACCCACAACUGUGGCUACUGUACGUCCAGCUACAAGUGGUUCUAGUCCUCUGAAAGUGCUGACAAAUCAAAGUGGUCAGUUGAUUUCGUUGGAGAGUCUGCUGCAGAAGCAAGGCAUUGGUACGCCGAUUCGCGUGGCAGGAGCCAAAGCGGGUCAGACGAAUCUCAUUCAAUUGGCUGGAGCUCCUGGAUCACACAUUACACAAUACGCUGUUGUAUCACCGGCCAGAAACAUCAUAUCUGUUGCGACUCCGCAGAGAGUUGUGGCGUCGCCAAUUACAACAACUGCCACCACGGGACGUGUAAAAGUUGCCACAGUGACAGCCGGAAGUGCAGCAGCCGGUGAGACUGGACAGAAAUUGUUAGCACAGAAGGCUACAGCAACAGCCACAAGUUCCACGAAAAAUGUGGCUCCUGCUCAAGCUAUGGUCAAUGCCAAAUUAGUGGGUGUUCAGAAUAUAGCCACAGGGAAAAUGAAGCCAGGAAUAAGAAUGGUGAAUGCGUCAAAUCUGAAUAUUGCCCACAUUGGUGGGAAACCGGUGAUAAUUGCAAGUAAAUCAGCGACUCCUGGACAAAGUGGUCAGACUCAGGGGGUGAUUUUGCAAAGUUCAGCCGGGACAAAUGGUGCCAAUCUUGUUAUCGGUGGUCAAACACUGAAAGUUCAGAGCAAUAGUCUCAAUCUCAUCAGUCCCACAAGUUCCAAUGCACAAACCGUCAUGAUUGGAAAUCAAUUUGUCAAGGUGCAACAGCAAACUCAAGCACAGGUUCAGCAGGGACAAACGCAGCAGGCUGGAGAGGGUUCCAGUGCAAAUAGUGUUUCAGGUACAGCAUCUCCAGCUACUGCAAGUGCUGCUAGUCCAGUGGGAAAGGUUGUGGCAUCUUCAAGUCAAGCAUCACCUCAAGCUACAGUAAAAAUGCAGGCACCGGUGCAAGUGGCGACGCAACAGCAACCAUCACAAAUGAUUCUUGGAGCACAGGUCAAGAAGGGAAAUUUAGUAAAAGCACCUGGUACUGGUGGUCCGGGACAGCAAAGAGUCGUUUUGGCACUUCAAAGUGGUGGACAGAUUCUUCUGCCGCCGGGUUUCCAAGGCGGACCAAUCAACCUGAAGACCUUACAGGGUCUCAAGAUGAUCUCAAUUCCGCAGCAACAGCAACAACAGCAACCUCCACAACAACCACAGCCUCAGCAGUCACCUCAGGCGACCCAAGCCAAAGGGAAGAAUGGAUAGGAAUCGACAACGUAGAGAUCCGAGGAUGUUUGUAUUGUGUGGUGAAAAUGUGUGACAAAGUGAGUGUUCUCAAAACUGAUCUCUUUCCCUAUUCUUAUUUCUUUUUAAUUUUUACAUCAUUUUGCCCUCAUCCUUCCCCCCCUUGAACAUUUCAUUGGCAUACUAAUGCCAUCCAAGGAGAUCUCUUUAUAGGAAUCUCUUUGGAACCAACAUGUCCCUUUCAUACUUAAAAAAAAGAAAACAUAGAAUCCCAAACAGUGAGUCAAGAAGUGUAAAUAAAAAAAACAUAGUUCUUUUUUAUAUAUAGUCGUGUAUAAAGUGAAGGAAGAAAGAACGGUUUUAAAUUGCACCCUGAAAAGUGAAUGAAGGAGUUUGAUGGACACAACAUUUUUAUUUCCUAAAUUAAUUUAUAAAAAAGAAAAUAAUUUAAAACUAAAUGAUCAAUCUAGAGAUUUAAGAAAUAAAGAGGAAAAAAAAUGGAGAUUGUGAAACUGAUGAAUUUCUCAGAAGUGAACAAUUUUCCUCCUUCCAACCAGUGAAUAAAGAAAAAUUUAGGAAAUGAUGAGAUGAAAA